UCCCAUUGCCAGAUACAAUAAAAAGAAGAUACACCCAGCAAGCUAUAAUAAGGCAAAUCUUUUUCAGUACGUGUUGUUUAAACAUAUUGCGUAAUAAUUGCUCUGCCCUGUAUAUAUCUGCAGGAAAUGUAAACUGUGUCAGAAUUCAAAGUACAAAGAGUUUACAGGGAGAGUGAAUGGCUCCUCCCUAGCUCUCCCCGUGAAAUUCUUUGCUUCCAUAAACGGAUUCCCAUUGGGAAGGACAGGUCCUUGACCCUCCAAGCAUAAAGGAAAAUUCUCUCUAGGGCACUGACUUUCUUGAUUCUCACAGUCAGCUCAAGUACUGGUGAUGGAAACAGACUGAAAUAAGAAGCACUGGGAAUAAGAGCAGCAACAUGUUUUCUGGGCUAUUUCAAAAUGUCCUGCUGGCGUUUGUAUUUUGCAUGUACCUGCUGGCCGGGGCGAUGAUAUUUCAGAUGCUGGAGCAAGAGGCAGAGACAAAAGUGAAGGUGAAAACAGAGGACCACAAACUACAAUUCCUGAAGAACUACACGUGUCUCACAGAAGAUGCCGUGAAACAGCUGAUCAGUGUUGUUACAGAAGCAGUCCAACAGGGGUUAAACCCUUUAGCGAAUGGCACAUUACCCAACCACACUAAUUGGGAUUUUGGCAGCGCCCUAUUUUUCGCAGGAACAGUAGUGACCACCAUAGGAUAUGGGACAAUUGCCCCCAGAACGGUGGGUGGGCAGAUGUUUUGUAUGGCCUAUGCAUUAUUUGGAAUCCCCUUGAAUGUCAUUGUUCUCAGUCAUGUUGGUAAAAAUCUUUCUCAUUGGUGUAAAGGAUUUGGAAAGCUUUUGGUUAAAAAAGGAGUAAAAAAGAAAACGGCAAAGGUCCUGACAAUAAUAUUUUUCCUUGUGAUGGGCAUUUUCAUAUUUCUGGGAUUUCCACCCCUGGUAUUUAGUAAAACAGAGGGCUGGACAUACGAGGAAGGAGUGUAUUAUGCCUUCAUUUCACUGAGCACCAUCGGCUUUGGCGAUUAUGUAGUAGGAUCUGGGCAGAAGCGUGCUUAUGAAAGUAAAGGGUACCGCGCCUUGGUGUAUUUCUGGAUCAUAUUUGGUCUUGCGUGGCUUUCACUCCUGAUCAACCUGCUGACUUCACUUUUAGAAGAUACAGAAAAGAAAAUAGCUAAAGAUCUCCGCAAGAAAGUAAAACACAGGAAAGAAAAAAAACAGGAGACAGCUUUAAUAGAGGUGACCCAAAAGCCCGCAGUCAAACAUGAAAGUAGUGACAUUUGA